AAGAUGUGCGCCCAAUUCUGAGGCAGGGCAGAGGCAGGGUUGCUAAAUAGCAAAACCGACAACAAAACGGAACAGAAAACACACAAAAGAGAGUCAGGGCGAACCUAGAGUUCUGAUUACGUGAAAUGCAUGUGAAUUAUGAAGGGAAUAUGAGCGGGAGGGGACAGUCCGACAUGAACGAUCGCAUCAUUAAUCUGUCGACGGGCAAAAACUGCAGCACAUCAUCCACAGAUUCUGGUGUCAUACUCAAUGAUAAUGCCGCCAGCUUCAAGGCAGAGGAGCCAAUGACCAAAGAUACGAGUAUCAGCAGCGGCAGCAGCAACGGCAACAGCAGCUGCGAUGAGGAGCCCCAAGCGAGACCCAAGGCGGAAGCGAAAUCCAAGUCAAAGGAUGCCAAUCGUAUCAGCAUCGAGCACACCGUGAACAUCAGUCAGAGUAAAGGUGGCAAGAGCUCACCCACACUCUCAGUGCGAAGUACAACCAUUUCGAUAGUGUCCAUCGAUGAGAAUGCGCCCGAUUCCAGCUGCAUUGACAGCGACUCGGAUGCCGAGGGCCACCACAAUGACUACACGGUCCAGAAGCUGGGCCAACAGAUCAGCUACCCGCCCAAUUCCAGCGACCAGCUGCGAGACCUCAACCAGGGUCUCACCGUGAUCAGUCGUCAGGUGGCGCCGGGUCAGGCGCAAGUGCCGCCGCCCACAGCCUGCGAGGCGGGCGUCAUGGCCAAGCAGCUGCUCAACGGCAGCCUGGCGCUGGCCACGCCCAGCCAAACAACAGCCAACUCGGCGCAGGGCAUCGGCAGCAUAGCGCUGACCAACUCCACAGAUGUGACCUUCGGGGACAAGCACUUCUACGAGGGACCCGUCACGAUACAACAGUUUCUCAUCGACAAUCGGGACAAGUGGAAACCGGGCGAGGGUGGCGGAGCAGAUGGCCAGGAUAAUCCCGCCUUCAAUGGUCGCCCACAAACGAAUGGCGCUGCAGCGGGUUCCAAGCUAGAUGAUGAGGGGCAGCAGGCGCCCAUGCUUUGUCCGUAUCUGCCAAAUACCAUAAGUCGCAAGGCCAUCAGCAUAACGGUGGCAUUCGUGCUGUUAACAACACUAUUGGGCAUCAUAUUGGCCACCACAACGAACAUCUUUGGCAAGACAUUGAAUAAAAGUAAGCUCGGUGAUGUACUCGACGAUUCCCGACUAAAUAUUCCAAUCAAUUCAACAAUAGAUCAAGACAACAUUGGCGGCGGCCUCAUUCUACGCUUUGUUCACCGCCAAGCCUGGCUGGCCCAGCCGCCGCAGAAGACCCUGCCCGAUCUCACGCUGCCCGUCUCACUGGUCAUUGUUCUGCCCACCAAUUCAGACAACUGCACCACCCAGGCGCAGUGUGUGCUGCGCGUGCGCCUGCGCCAGACCUUCGACAUUGAGUCGCUGCAGGAGGACGACAUUGCCUUCAACUUUGUGCUUGGCGGCGAUGGCAAUGUCUACGUGGGUCGCGGCUGGGACCAGGUGGGCGCCCACAUGAGCGGCUACAAUACGAGAAGCCUGAGCUUCGCGUACAUUGGCUCGUUCCAGAACCAGAAGCCGUCGGCCAAGCAGCUCAGCGUCACCAAACUGCUGCUGGAGCGUGGCGUCAGUCUGGGCAAGAUUUCACCCAAUUAUCGGCUGACGGGGGCCAGCAAACUGGAGCCCAGCAUCACGGAAUACAAGGCCGAGCAACUGUACCAGAGCUUUGGCAAUUGGAGCCACUGGUCGUGACUAGGUUAAGCCAUUUAGUAGCACUCAACAUUUGAUAUUGUAAUAUAGUUUCUCUCCCUUCUCAACUCUCCCUCUUCAAUUUAUGUGGCAUAUGUGAAUUAGCUCUAGACUUACUCGAAAUCUGAUGAAAAUGUGAUAUUAUAUGAAAAGCAAAAGCAAAUGCAAAAAGCAAAAAGCGAUUAA